AUGAACUACUGUUAUGUUGUAUAUUCAAAUAAUUACGUAUCAAAUAAUAAUAUAAAACCUCGAAAUAAUCUCGGGUUAGAUUUUCAAACAUCUGAAUGGGGCGUUGAUAGAUUAUCGUGGAAAUCAAAAAGUGGUGCAUAUGAUUAUAUGACGGAAGAAUUUUUCUUAUCCAAAGUAUUUUCUGAAUCAAUGCAACCUUCACACGUAAUUCCAUAUUAUUUCCGAGCGGAACAACCCCCAAAUGAAGAAGACAUAACGAUCACAACGCUUAUAACAGAAAAUCGGUUCCAUGUAUUUGACAGACUCGUUACAAAUUAUCAGGGACCAAUCUCCGUAACGAUACAUGUUGCUGAUGAUGAUAAAUCUCGCGAUGUACUAUUAAGCAAACUUCAUGAAUUGUAUAAUGGAAAUAAAUAUAUGAAACAAUAUGUUGAUGUUCAUCUCGUGGUUGAUAAUUUUGAACGUCAAUUCAACAUGUGGCGAAAUGUCGCAAAAUUUUUUGCUCGUACUAAUUAUGUCAUGAUGUUGGACGUGGACUUUCACCCUUGUACAGAUUUUAGACAUUCCAUUUUAAAUAGUAAAACAAUAAUGAAUAAACUUAGAAAUGGUAAUACCGCUUUGGUAGUACCAGCUUUUGAAUAUGCAGAUUUAGACGAAGGCCUUGAUUAUCGUACCUUCCCAACAAAAAAAGAUGAUGCCGUCGGAUUAGUUAAAUCUGGUCGUCUAGUUAUGUUUCAUGACUCUUGGAAACCAGGUCACGGUCCAUCAAAUUAUUCUAAUUGGUAUGAAACUGACGAGCUAUACAAAGUUACAACUUAUCAAUAUCAGUAUGAACCAUAUGUAAUCUUCCCAAAACAAAGCAUAUGGUGCGACGAACGAUUUGUUGGAUAUGGUGCAAACAAGGCCGCAUGUUUAUUUGAAUUAUACCUUUCAGGAGUAGAUUAUUGGGUCCUUCCAAAAGAUUUUUUAAUUCAUCAGACACACGAAUAUUUGGAAGACGCACGUAGACAUGAGCGAAGAUUCAAUAAAAAGUUAUACGAACAUUUCCGUGAAGAAUUAUGUUUUCGAUAUGCGAGGAAUUUUAUUUUAAAUGGUGAAUGGGAAACAUUUAAAGCAAGUAAUUUAAGAUCUACAUGUCAUAAAAUUCGAGGGUUUACACAGGCUAUUAAAUAUUUUGCAAAAUUGAAAUAA